CCGGCUGCCGGGAGCCUCCCGAGCCUUUGGGCCCGGCGGUGCCAUGUGUCAGGUGGGCGAGGACUACGGGGGGCCCGGGCCGGCGGAACUCCAGCCGAAGCUGUCCUGGCGGGGCUGUGAACAGAAAUGUAUGAAGUGCAAGGAAGGUUUGCCAGUCUUAAUCAUCCGCGCUGGAGAUGCUUUCUGCAAAGACUGUUUCAAGGCAUAUUAUAUUCACAAGUUCCGAGCAAUGCUAGGAAAGAAUCGACUCAUCUUCCCAGGAGAGAAGGUCCUUCUUGCAUGGUCGGGUGGUCCCUCAUCCAGCUCAAUGAUCUGGCAAGUCCAAGAGGGGUUGAGCCGAGAGUCUGCAAAGAGGCUCCGCUUUGUGCCAGGCAUCGUCUACAUCGAUGAGGGAGUAGUUUGUGGGCAGAGCCCAGAGGAGAGAGCAAAGACCGUGACCGAAAUGAAGCUGAUCCUGCAGACAGUUGGCUUCCCAUAUCACAUAGUCUCGUUAGAAGAGGUUUUUAACUUACCCACGUCAGUCUUACAGCCUGUUUCCCAGGGCCCCAGAGGGUCUGAGAAUACCUACAAGGAAGCCGUGGAUGGCUUUAUCCAGCAGCAGCAGCAGCAGCAGAGAGUGCCAGAGGAAGGGGGCAGAGAAGCUGUCCUGAGUGAUGAGCAGAUCCAGGAAAAGCUGAGACAGCUUAGCACCCAGGACCCUGUGGGACAAGAGGAAGUCACUGGUGACAGCCUCCCCAGACCAGCACAAAUCAUGGCUUUAAUGACUCUCUUCAGCUCGGUGAAGACACUGACUGCCAGAGAGGAGCUUCUGCAGACCCUGAGGGCCCACUUGAUCCUGCAUGUAGCUCGCGUGCAAGGCUAUUCCAAAGUGAUGCUGGGCGACAGCUGUACCCGCCUGGCCAUCAAACUCAUGACCAAUCUGGCCCUGGGGAGAGGGGCUUUCCUUGCCUGGGACACAGGCUUCUCGGAUGACCGGCAUGGGGAUGUGGUCAUGCUUCGUCCCAUGCGAGACUACACGUUGAAGGAGAUUGCUUUUUACAACAGGAUGUUUGGAGUUCCCUCUGUCUUCACCCCAGCCAUUGACACCAAGGCCCCAGAAAAGGCAAGUAUCCACCGGCUAAUGGAGAGCUUCAUCCUCAGAUUACAGGCCCAGUUCCCUUCCACCAUCAGCACUGUGUACAGGACGAGCGAGAAGCUGGUAAAGGCUCCCCGAAAUGGGGAUGCGGCCGGUGCUGCGACCGCCCGCUGCCUCCUCUGCAUGUGUGCUUUGGACAUUGACAGCGCAGACAGUGCUACUGCGUUUGGAGCCCAGACCUUGGAGCAUCUGGCCCAGAAACCUUCGCCUGCCCCUGCGCCGCCCACAGGGGCUUCCGGGAGGCCUUGCUGCGCUCAAGGGACCAGGCUGCAGCAGGACUGUUGCCGAGACACACGGCCGUUGUCCGAGAGGGAGGAGCCCAGAGCCAGCUUCAUUGAGCAGCUUUGCUACAGCUGCCGUGUGAACAUGAAAGACGUGCCCUUCCUGGAGCCCCUUCCUCCCUACAUCCUGAUGGAGUCCCAGUGCCGGAGGCAGAGGGCCUGGGAGAAGCAGGAGAUCCAAGAAUUCUUGUUUGAGGAAAGUGAGGAAGAUAAAGAUGAGAUCUACCAGGACUGAGAACUGAAUGGACCUUCUCAGCCCCCAUCCUCAGUGCCAGUUGUUGGGGACUAGUGGCCAGGCCUCCACUGUGGAACUCUGGGAAAACUGGGAGGCCAGAGGCCUACGCCUGCAGCUCUUCUCGCCCCAGUUUUGAAGGGUCCCACCCGGACCCUUCCUGACGGCUGCCUCCACCUCCCCACGUGGAAGGCCACACGUACAAUCCGACAGGGCCUCCUGCUGCCCCGGGCCGCCAUUUCUCAUCUCAGCAGCUGAGUGUUGGUCUGGCUUCUCUGAAGCUGAGGGGCGAGGACCACUGGCAUCUACCCUGAAACGUACCCAUCACCUCCUGGAGC